ACACACACACACAGACACACACAGCUCAAAUACGUCCCCACUUUGGUCUCUGACCACUGAGACCUCGUUGCUGUCACAUCUGCAUGUCCGUUGAACAUCUGCGGCCGACGAUGCCUCUCAACGCCUCCCUCCCGCUGCUCAAGCCUUCAGCGGUGGACGUGGACGCCAUCAUGGACAACUUCUCCAUCGUCCUCUACAGUCUGAUCGUCACGCUGGGCGUCUCGGGGAACUCCCUGGUCAUCUGGGUGGCUGGAUUCAAGCUCAAGCCAAAGGUCACCAACGUGUGGUUGGUGAAUUUGGCGGUGGCGGACCUCAUCUUCUGCGUGACGCGAGCCUUCUCCCUCGCCAAGAAGCUCUUCUUUGACGAAUGGCCCUUCGGCGUCUUCGUCUGCAAGUUCAACGGCUUCUUCAAAUACGCCAACAUGUUCUGCUCCGUCUUCCUGUUGGCGGUGAUCAGCCUGGACCGGGUGCUCUGCGUCUGGCGGCCCGUCUUCACCAAGCGGCACCGCUCCCUGUUGGCCGCCAGAGUGGUCGCCGUCUGCGUGUGGAGCGCCGCCACCGUCUUCAGCGCGCCGUACUUCUUCUACCGCCAGGUCUACCAGAAGAACAACCUGACCAAGUGCUCGCUGGAGGUGAAGGAGACCGACAGCGCCGCCAAACUGGUGCUCUACUCCAUCCGCUUCCUGUGCGGCUUCAUGCUGCCCUUCGUGGUCAUCGUGGUCUGUUACACCCUGGCAGGAGUCGGCAUCCAGCGCACCCGGCUGGUCGGGAAGUCCCGCCCCCUGCGCAUCCUGGCCCUGUUGGUCGCGGCCUUCUUCCUGUGCUGGGCGCCGUACCACUGCCUCCAGCUGGUGAAGAUGGUGGACAGCAAGAACGCGGUGGUGAAGAUCUGGCACCCUGUGGCAAAGGGCGUGGCCUACUUCAAAAGCUGCGUGAACCCGCUGUUGUACUUCUGCAUGGGGCUGGACGUGAGGGGGCGCUUCAGGCAGAGCCUGGCGGGGGUGUACAAGAGGGCCCUGGUGGACGGCGUGGAGGGGCAGGCGACCCAGUCCAACGAGCUGGAUGACAGCGGCGUGUCCAAACACACGUCUUUGGUCGCGCCAGGCCGGAGUCAGACGAUGGUGGACGUGGCUGAAGUUUGAGUUGGUGGAACACACGGCAGACCUGUAGGUGCAGUGAGAUCGUCUUUAGCGGCCUGCAAUUGAAAUGAAAUCACUCACAUCUACUUGGAUGAUUUAGAGGUUUCCGUGGAUUAAGGAGACGUUACAAAUGCUAAAUUAAUACAAUAAACCUCAAAUCGUUUUCUCAUAGACUUCUAUGGGACGAGAAGAGCCGGCCCCUGGUGGUCAAUAGAGAGAAUGCAGCUUUAAGACGUGAAGCUUUGACUUUACUUUUCAGACCUGCUGGAACGUUGUACCUGUUUCAUGUUAAAAACCUAUUUUAACCCAGAUUUCCCUUAAAUAAAAGCUAUUAACAAACUAUUUGGGAAAGACAGUAACGGUACUAACGACUGACGAACUAACUGAUAGAGGAGACACUCAAGAAAAAUGUGACAAAACGUAAUGAUUGACGUAUAAUUGACAAAUAAGUCAAAUAAAAAUGUUUACUUUUAGUUCUAGUUGCUUAUAGAGAAACAGCUUCUGCUCAUCAGCGGCAUCACUGCAAGUGAAACAUGUGGUUGUUGUUUAGAUACAUAACUUAAAAUAUUAUUUCCUCCCCAAACUGCUGCAAAAGCGAGACUAUUAAAAGGAAAGCCAGUAAUAACUUAGGGGCUGUCUUCUGGUUGGGGGUUUCGCUGCUUUUGUUUUUAAAUGCAUAGUUUUAUUUUCUACGGCCAGAGAUGAGUAAAAUAACUUGUAGAAUGUCCCAGUGAGCUCAGGACUGAAGUGCGUUAAUGGUUAAUUUUACAGGACAGACGUGCAUAUAAAUGACAAUAAAACAAAGCAUGGAGGCUGUUAGACCAUCCCAGUGGAAAUCGGUCCUUAGCAACGGGCUCUUAAACCGAGCUGUACUAACUCACUCGUUGCCGGGAAACACCUGCGUGCCUUCGGCCUGUUUGUCCUAAAGUCUCCUCUUUAGCUUCUAUUCUUGCAGCAGCAGCAGAGACCCGGUGGAUGUUGUGAAACUCGCAAUGUUACGCUUUCAUUUGUUGCUUCUACCUGUGCUGUUGUUGUAACUUUUGUUAAUAUGAUUAUAGCGGAAAUGCAAUGAAAAUAAAAACUUUUCAAUGUUG